GGCUUAUCCAACCCAACCAGGUUGGUUAGAACAUUUUUUUCUCAUUGGUUACCACAAGCUAUAAAAUCCCACCACAUCUCGCCUCAUCCAGAAAAGUAAACUAAUGGCAGCAACACUGUUCACUCUCCCAUCAGCACCUUCACCUAGCACUUUCCCGUCUUCUUCAACAACUGUCAAACACUUGACUGCUUUCACUACUAAACCAACAGUUCCCAUCCACGUUACUAAGAGAAACAUCUGUCUGUCAGCAGCUUUUGUCCACUCACCAACAACUGACCCUCCGCCAGAGGUCCAAACCUUCUGGCAAUGGCUCCAGGAUCAGGGUGUAGUCUCUGCCAAGUCCCCUGUAAGGCCUGGAAUGGUUCCCGAAGGACUUGGGCUGAUUGCAAAAAAGGACAUUUCCAGGAAUGAGGUUGUCUUGGAGAUUCCUAACAGGUUUUGGAUAAACCAGGAUGCAGUUGCAGCUUCUGAGAUAGGAAGUGUUUGUAGUGGAUUGAAGCCUUGGAUUUCUGUAGCUUUGUUCUUGAUCAGGGAGAAGUUGAAGGAAGAUUCUCAAUGGCGGGUUUAUCUUGAUAUACUUCCAGAGUUUACAGAUUCCACUGUGUUUUGGUCAGAAGAGGAGCUAGCUGAGCUACAAGGAACUCAGCUGUUGAGCACAACAUUGGGAGUGAAAGAAUAUGUGCAGAAUGAAUUCUUGAAAGUAGAAGAAGAAAUCAUACUCCCCAACAAACAGCUAUUUCCUGCCCCUAUAACAGUAGAUGAUUUCUUCUGGGCAUUUGGGAUUCUCAGAUCAAGGGCAUUUUCCCGCCUUCGUGGCCAAAAUCUUGUUUUGAUACCUCUUGCGGACUUGAUCAAUCAUAGCCCUAGCAUCACUACAGAAGAUUAUGCAUGGGAGAUUAAAGGAGCUGGACUUUUCUCUAGGGAUCUCCUGUUUUCUUUGCGGUCUCCUCUUUCUGUCAAGGCUGGUGAGCAGGUUUUGAUUCAAUAUGAUUUAAACAAGAGCAAUGCUGAGUUGGCACUUGAUUAUGGAUUCGUAGAAUCAAAGUCAGAGCGCAAUGCAUAUACACUAACGUUGGAGAUAUCAGAGUCAGACCCAUUCUUUGGAGACAAGCUUGACAUUGCUGAGACAAAUGGUUUGGGUGAGACUGCCUAUUUUGACAUUGUUUUGGGUCGUCCUCUUCCUCCAGCACUGAUUCCUUAUCUACGGCUAGUGGCACUUGGGGGAUCAGAUGCUUUCCUCUUGGAAUCUAUUUUUAGAAACACAAUUUGGGGCCACCUUGAUUUACCUGUAAGUCGUGCCAAUGAAGAGCUUAUAUGUCGGGUGGUCUGCGAUGCCUGCAAAGCUGCUCUCUCUGGUUAUCAUACCACGAUUGAAGAGGAUGAAAAGCUGAUGGAAGGGGGAAAUCUUGAUCCGAGGCUGGAAAUCGCAGUGGGAAUAAGAGCAGGGGAAAAAAAGGUGCUGCAGCAAAUUGAUGAGAUCUUUAAGGAAAGGGAAUCAGAGUUGGAUGAGUUGGAAUAUUACCAAGAAAGGAGGCUCAGAGAUCUUGGUCUAGUUGGAGAGCAAGGUGAAAUAAUCUUUUGGGAGACCAAGUAGGGACAUGCCAAAGACCCCAAUAUAUCAAGUUUAUGUGUUAGAUAUAGGGCAAAUCCAAGUAGUUUUCUGACCUUUCAUUAUUUUAGUUGGCAAAUUUUGCUUGGUAGAUGAUUUCUACUGCCUAGAUAGCAAAAUUGUAAUAUUGUAACAUUGCCUGUAGUUAUUCUACUGACAUAGGAAUUGGCUGCAGUUGAACUGCAUCAAUCUCUCAGCUGGAGGUUCAAUUAAUUUAUGGAUUUAUAUUUGAUGCAC